AUGCUUUUGGGCCCCGGGACCUCCACCCCCUUCUCAGUUAGUGACAUCCUCAGGCGCGAGCUCGAGCCCUUGGGAGCCGAGGCCUGGCCACUCCGGAGCGCGCUAGGGAACCUGGAAAGUUCUCGGUACCUGCCACAGAACCCGGAGCAGGGAAGGUCAGAAGUCCAGAGUGCGGGUCGCAGCGGCAAUCACAGAAGCCUGGAUGAGGUUGAGCCUCUCGGAGGUCCUUGUGAGAUGGUCUCCAAGACGGAUGCGGAAAGGGCAGGGAACCCCGAGGCCGGCCUGGGCGCUGCCUCGCCACUCGGCGGCGAGCCCGAGGUGCCAGCUUGCGGCGCGGGCGACGGUGGCCGCGGGCCGGAGCAGCGCCCCGCACGACCACGACGGAAGCCCCGCGUGCUCUUCUCGCAGGCGCAGGUGCUGGCGCUCGAGCGGCGCUUCAAGCAGCAGCGCUACCUGUCAGCGCCGGAGCGCGAGCACCUGGCCAGCGCGCUGCAGCUCACGUCCACGCAGGUCAAGAUCUGGUUCCAGAACCGGCGUUACAAGUGCAAGAGGCAGCGCCAGGACAAGUCCCUGGAACUGGCGGGCCACCCCCUAGCGCCUCGCCGGGUGGCGGUGCCGGUUCUGGUGCGGGACGGCAAGCCCUGCCUGGGCCCGGGCGCAGCCGCCUUCCCCGGGCCCUACGGAGCGGCGGCGGCGUCUUAUACCUGCUACGGGGGCUACGCGGCUGCUCCCUGCGGCGCGGGCUACGGUGGCGGCUACCCCGGUGCACCUCCCGGCUGCGCACCGCCCACGCCCCUGGCCGCCCUGGCUUUCGGCGGAGAUGGCACGAAUGCCAGUCCCCAGGGCCAUCUGCCCGCCACACUUCAAGGGGUCAGAGCCUGGUGA